AGAUUCGCUUUCGCUUCCGCGCAGUGACGCUCCCAGCCAGCCCCACAUCUCGGGGGCGACCUCCGGGGGAAGGUCAAGCGGAGCACCCCCCGCCCAGGUGCCGCUCCGAGGUAGGGGCUCCUUCGCGGGUGGGCGGACAAGCUGCCAGCCAGUCGGGAGUCGCCCCCGAGAUAUGGGGUUGGGGCGGCGGCCUUUGGCCCGGAGACCUUCGGAGAGUUAAGGGCCUCCGGGGUGGGUCGGUGGGCGGUCCUUCUCUCCCUGGAUCCCGUGCAAGGGGAGGUCAUGCUGGUCGCAAGGGCCUCCAUGAGAGCUGGCCAAGGGCGCCCCCGCCGGCCCCAGGAGUCCCCUGGGAACCCAGGAGUCCUGCCCCCUAACCCCCACUCCCGCUGGAAAGAGCCGCCCCGCACUUCUGGCUCGACGUGUUGUAAAAACCGGGGGUCGCCUGUGCAGCUCAACCCACGGAGAGUGGCGCUUUCAACCCCGUCUGCGGGUUUCCCCGUGUUUGUGGCUGUGCGUUUAACGCGCUCCUGUUCGUGCCCUAGCGCACUUAUGGACAAUGUACAGAGCCUCGAUUUCCUUACAUCAGGCGCAAGGGCUCCCUCGCCUGCCUCCUGGGCACACACCGAUCGGGGAGCACCCUCUCACCCCAGGCUCCUAGCAGGAGAAAAGGGGGGGCCAGCAGGGCAGGUGGCUGGGCCUCUCCAGGUAAGGCUGAAGGAAACAUUCCCCCCCCCCAAUUGAAGCCCCAGGCUAAGGCAGAGCUCUCCAGAUGUUGCUGGACUCCAACUCCCUCCCUGAGCGCUGACCUUGCAGGGAGUUCAAAAGUCCAGCCAUAUCUGGUGUUUGCAGUACUUUUGUCCCAAGAAGACUGGACAAAGUCAGGGUCAGGGAGGGGGGAGGGUAUCCUUGGCUCCUAGCCACAAUUGAGACUCUGCUGUGCCUCAGUGGUUGGUAGGGACUGCGGAGGGAAGGAGCUUCGUUGAUUAUGGUUCCUAAAUGGAGCCUCCAUGGACAGAGCCAGUCUAACUUGGAAUCGCGGAGAACAGGAGUGGGAGGAGGCUGUGGCUCUCAGGUGCUGCUUGGGGGCUUCCCAUAAUGGGCACUGGUAGGGCAGGAUAUGCUGGGUGAGAUGGGCCCCUUUCGGCCUGAUUCAGUAGUCAGGCUCCUCUUACAUUCUUAAGAGGCAGAGGGACCAGAGCAGUUCUGGCAUUCCUGGGGGCUGGGGGUCUGGCCCCCUGGACCUCCCUUUUGAUCUCCAUGCACCUGACUCACACCCCAAGACUGAAGCCAGAAUCCUGGAUUUCUGCGUCUCCUUCUUGCUCUGCUGACCCACCCUCUCGACUCUGUGGCUCCCAGCCCCCUCCUUAACCCUACUUGCUCCCACAUGGACAGCCACUCAACUUCCCUGGCCCAUCUUCUAGAACAGGCAUGUCAAACCUGCGGCCCUCCAGAUGUUUUGGACUACAAUUCCCAUCUUCCCCAACCACUGGUCCUGCUAGCUAGGGAUCAUGGAUGUUGUAGGCCAAAACAUCUGGAGGGCCGCAGGUUUGACAUGCCUGUUCUAGAACAUUGACACCACAAAUUGUAGCAUUGGAAGGGAUCCCCGAGGGUCAUCUAGCCCAGCCCCCUUCAAUAAAGGAUUCUCAAGUAAAGCACCCAAGACAGAUGGCCAUCCAACCUCUGCUUAAAAACCUCCAAGGAAGGAGAGACAACAGCCUCCCGAGGGAGUCCGCUCCACUGCCAAACUGCUCUUACUAGAGCAACACGUGGCCAUGUACAAUAUCAACUCUUUAUAAUAUCAACAGAACCAAAAACUUAACAUAUAUGAACAAUGUAAAUAACUCUUAGAAGAUUCUCUUCAAAACAUAAACAAUAAAGCAGGAUUCAGUUGAGUCUCUGAAAUCAUAAAUCAAGGAAAUGUGGCAAAAAGUCAGUCAUCAAAAACCAAGUGGAAAGAUGAAUAGUGUUCCAAUGAUGCUGAAGUGGUUAACAAACUCAUGAUGUACAGUGUUUCCGGAUGACAGUUCGUUAACCACCAUGUGGUUAACAGUUCGUUAACCAUCAUGCCAGUUUGUAUAUGGAAAUAAUUGGUAAAAGAAAAACAACAAAAAGAUGGAAACUAAAUGAGCUAUUGCUAGAAGAUGAAAAUAUAAUAAAAAAAGCAGAAUUGGUCCUAAAAGAUUAUCUAUAUAUAUAUAUAAAUGUGAAAGGUCCGUGUUUGUGUUUCAUGACCUUUCUCCAAAUCUGCUUGACCAAUUGAGUUGAAAUUUGGACACAAUGUUCCAGUCCAAUAUGCAAGUGUUUCCAUAAACCUAGAUUACACGGAUGUGACACCAGUCACAGGUAAAAGCAUGAAUUUGUGCAAAAAAGCUCCCUCCAGUGGAUUGCAAAGGAUGUCAAAAUCAUGGGAAGAAGCUUAUAUCUCAGUCAUCCCAAAACAAAGCUCAGAUAUGAACCAAAUGAAAAAAAAUUAGACCAAUUUCCCUAUUGAGUAAUGAUUAUAAAUUAUUUGCAGGAAUUAUAGCCAACAGAUUGAAAAAAGUUAUGAAAGAUCUAAUUAAUACUGAUCAAGCAGGUUUCCUCCCAGGCAGAUUUAUGCAUAACAAUCUUAGGAAUGUAAUAGAUAUUUUAGAAUAUCUAAAUGUCAAGAUUAAUAAAAAAGCAGCACUUCUGCUGCUUGAUGCCGAAAAAGCCUUUGAUAAAGUGCCGUGGAUAUUUCUGAAAAAGACUAUAAAGCUAACAGAAUUUGGUAACAAAUUAUUUAAUGGAAUUGAUGCAAUUUAUAAAAUGCAAAGACCAAAACCUUUAAAGCCCUAUGCGGCUUGGGACCCUCGUACCUACGGGACCACCUCUCCUGGUAUGCCCCGCGGAGGACCUUAAGGUCCACAAACAAUAAUAUUCUGGAGAUCCCGAGCCAUAAGAUGGCUAGAUUGGCCUCUACUAGAGCCAGGGCCUUUUCAGUACUGGCCCCAACUUGGUGGAACGCUCUUUCCCAGGAGACCAGGGCCCUGUGGGAUUUGUCAUCUUUCCGCAGGGCCUGCAAGACAGAGCUGUUCCGCCUGGCCUUUGGGUUAGACUCAGCUUGACCCCUGUGUUUUCCUCCCUCAUGGCUUGGAUUUAUGGACUACUUGAAAUGAGGCUGCACUUUAAAUUUUAAUACUGUAUUUUAUUUUAAUUAAUUGUUUUUAUGUUUUAUUGUAAUUCUGUUGGUGUGAGCCGCCCUGAGCCCGGUUUUUGACUGGGGAGGGCGGGGUAUAAAUAAAAAUUUGUUAUUAUUAUUAUUAAAUUAUGAGUUGUCUGGGGAAGUAAUAAUCCAAAGAGGCACCAGACAGGAGUGCCCCCUAUCUCCAUUAUUAUUUAUUUUGAGUUUGGAAUUUUUAUUGGAAAGUAUAAGAAAAGAUGGUAUGAUUAAAGGAAUUGCAAUUGGUAGAGAUGUCCACAAAAUUCAGGUGUUCGCAGACGACAUGAUAAUCACAAUGAAGGAACCAAAGGAGAGCAUACAACAAACACUAAAAAGAAUCACGGAAUUUGGGAAACUGGUUCCUUUCAAGGCACCGAGAGGAGCAAUCUCCCAGCAGCGGGGGCCACCCCACCAUGGCUGCCAAGGCCCCGUCCCUCUCCGAAGCCCUCACCAGCGGCUUCCUGACCUGCACCAUCUGCCUGGAGCGCCUGCGCCGCCCCAAGAUCCUGCCCUGCCUGCACAGCUACUGCCAGGAGUGCCUGCGGAAGUUGGCAGGAGGCCGGAAGGAGCUGCAGUGCCCCGAGUGCCGUGAGGGGGUGGCCCUCCCAGAGGGGGGCGUGGGCGCUCUCCGGACCAACUUCUUCAUCAACGGCCUGCUGGACCUGGUCCGCCCCGCUGGGAAGGCACAGCCCACCUGCAGCCUCUGCCCACUCAUCGGCCAGGAGGCCAGCCGGCCGGCCGUCUCCCGCUGCCUGGACUGUGCAGACGACAUGUGCCAGGACUGCGCCAGUGGGCACCGCUGCUCCCGCCUCACCCACCUCCACCUUGUGGUGGCCAUGGAGGACUACCUCUCCGGGGAGCACGACGAGGAGAUCCGGAAGCGCCAGGCGCUGCGGUGCAAGGAGCACGCUGGCGAGGAGCUGCGCUUCUUUUGCACGCCUUGUGCCGCCGUCCUCUGCCGGGAGUGCCGCCUGGGGGCCCACCUCCAGCACCCUUGCCUGUCCCUGCCUGAGGCGGCCCAGGCCCGCCGGCCGGUAAUUGUGGAGCUCCUGUCUGGGGUGGAGGAGACGGUGCAGGUCAUCCGGAUGGGGAGGGCCAACCUGGAGAGGGAGGCAGCACAGCUGCAGGUGCGCGAGGCUAGCAUCCGGGAUGCGGUGGAGCAGGCAUGCUCACGGGUGGUGCAGCGGCUGCUGGCACACCAGGAGGAGGUCCUGGCCCAGCUGGAGGACUAUGUGAAGGAGCGGCAGAAGGCCUGUCAGGCCCUCUGCUCCGAUCUGGAGUUCCAAGAGCAGGUGGCCUCCAGCACAGUGGCCUUUGCCCAGAAGGUGCUGGGCCUGGGGAGGGAGGUGGAGAUCGUCUCCCUGGAGCAGGUCAUCUGUGAGCGUCUCCGGCAUCUGCAAGGCUUCUCCUGGGAGCCACUGGCCACCCGCCUGCCCUGCCUGGUGGUUGACGCUGAGAUUGAGGGCAGCAGCCCCCGCCUGUUCCACCUGGAGUUCCGGGAGGAGAGCCCCGCAGGAGUGCCAGAGGGCAACAAGGAGGCGGCCACGAAAGGGGCAAAGAAGAAGAAGAAGCAAGUGCAGCCCGCCGAGGAGGGAUCCCAAUCGACUGUCCUCAGCCUCUCCGACGUAGCCCCCGUGCCUCCUCCCAAGGUCCCAGAAGCUUCUCUUUUGACACCCAAGCCUCUCUUCUCGUGUAGCUUCUGGGUCAAGACAUCCAGCGACAAGAAACGCCCCCAAGUCACAGGGCUCUGCCCCUUUGGCUCUGGAGAGCUGCUGGUGGCAGAUGAGCAAAACCAGAAGCUGAAGCGCUUCUCCCUGCAGGGGGAGUUCAAGGGCACCGUCCCUGUCCCCAGUGGCGUGGCCCCGGUCAGCGUGGCCGUUGUGGGCAGCAAGGUGGCCUUUACAGCCGGUUCCUGCCUCUACCUCCUGAACGGUGAAGGUGGCCUCGUGUGGCAGAAGGCCCUGCAAAGGGGGCAGGCCAGUCAUGCCGUGGUGGCGCUGGGGGGAGACUGUGUGGCAGUGUGCGUGGCCGGGCAUUUGGAGGUGUACGACCUGGAGGGGCGGCUGCUGGAGAAGAUUGUGCCCAAGGGCAGUGCGGAGAGGUGCCUUGUUUUCCUGGCCAAGCGCAAGGACGGCUUUGUGGGCUCGGACUGGUACCGCCGCAGCGUGGUCCUGUUCACCAGGACGGGGCAGCUGGUGGCCGAGUGUUCUGAGGAUCAGCUGGGCAAGUGCCAGCCGGGGGCCGUCUGUGCCGACGCCACGGGCAUCAUCUAUGUGGUCCUGCGGGAGCUGAACAAGGUGGUCGCCUUCUCCCCCAGCGGGGAAGACUUGGGGGCCUUCCUCACUGCCGAGAACAGCAUCGACCGGCCACGGGUGGUUACGGUGACUGGGGAGGGACGCUUUGCUGUGGCUCUGAGCAACGGCACCGUCCACAUCUUCCGGAUCAGAUAUCAGGGCAAGUGAGACAGAGGAAGGCCGGGGGGGGGGGGGUUGAAAGCUGUAAGUCCCAGAGUUAAUGAGCCAAGGCAGACUGGUGUGCCCAUGGUCACACAAGGUGAGCAAUGGUGUGUGUAGGAGAGUAAAAGCAACAAUUCCUCCCGCCUGCCUUCCUGUCUGGAUUGGGUCGGCCCCCACCAGAGUUGUGCUUUAGUUUCCUCUAGAGUUGUUGUCCCAAGAGUGGCCACCAGAGGGCAAUAUGGAAAUGAUAGAACCUGGCAUAGAACGGCCUAAAGUUUUAAUUACAGGUAGGUAGCCCUGUUGGUCUGAGUCGAAACAAAAUAAAAAAAUUCCUUCAGUAGCACCUUAAAGACCAACUAAGUUUUUAUUUUGGUAUGAGCUUUCGUGUGGAUGCACACUGAAGUUUUUAUUUUGGUUUUUAUUUUGGUAUGAGCUUCCGUGUGCAUGCACACUUCAGUGUGCAUCCACACGAAAGCUCAUACCAAAAUAAAAACUUAGUUGGUCUUUAAGGUGCUACUGAAGGAAUUUUUUUAUUUUCUAAAGUUUUAAGUUCCUUUUGUUCUCCCAUGUAAAUCAGGGGUAUGAAAAAGUCCACCAAAAAUCCAAAAUGCUGCAACUGCUGGAUAAUGGCAGGCAGCAGUAGAGACCUGCUUACACUUAUAUUUAGAAUAUACCAGCUUGGGGCUUGAAGCUGGAAUACGGUUUGUUUGUCUACUUCAUCAGGUCUAGAACUCGUUUACACCCGUUAGUGGUCAGGGUGUGGCUAUGUCUCGUGAGUCAAUGUGUAAAAACAUGGGAAGCAUGGACCGAAUAAGGAGAAAGGUAAACAGGAGUGGUGGUCUUCGAAAUCAGAGUAAUGGGAGAUGUUGACAAAGGUGGAGAUUUUAGCAGGGAAAUUAGGCGGUCGUGAUAGGCUGUAAACCUUGCAGUACCCAGCCAGUGGGGAGACAAGGGAGGGAACCUGCGGUUCAGGUAUAGGGAAUAUAAGCUUAUGAUUUGUCAAUUUUGGGUGUGCCUACUUUGGAAACCCAUUCCUGCAAGGACGUAUUGUAUUCAAUAAACUCUCUGCUUUUUCACCAAUUUUAUUCAGAUUAAGGGUCUUAGGACCCACUUUUUUCUGACAGAGGAGGUCCCCUCUGACAAGAGGGUGGGCAUCAUAACCUUUCCAAAGUGCCUUUUCUUCAUCACCAAAGCAGAUCCCUCAGCUGCUUUCCUGCUCUCAGGGGGAAACUCUGGGCUUGGCCAGGUGUUUUGCAAAAGGGCUCUCAAAUUUGGCCUGCUGGUGCGGCCAGCUUCCAGCUGCUAAAUGGGGCAUAACACAACAGUGUGUACGUAAUUGGAACGUGAAUGAGAGUCUGGGGCAUGAUAUUAAGCCUGAACGUUAUAUUCAUUUGCACCCCAAGGAGACCAUCACUGAGUGGGGAUCCCGUCUGUGCCUUGCGCAAAAAUCUGACAGAAGAACAUGCUUUGUAACUCUGUUCUGAUCACCAUUCCUCUCUCUUUUUCUAUAAAUACCAUUCAAUAAUAAAACAAAAGUGUAUAUUUGCAUCUUUGCAAGAGAGGACAAUUGUAUAUGAGCCGAAAUAAAAGAGUCUGGUUUAAAAAUUUCCUGCAGUUCUGAGAUGUUUGUCCUGGGAUGAUUUCAGAUGGGAACUUAAUACAGUGGUACCUCUAGUUAAGAACUUAAUUCAUUCCAGAGGUCCAUUCUUAACCUGAAACUGUUCUUAACCUGAAGUGCCGCUUUAGCUAAUGAGGCCUCUGCUGUUGCUUUGAUAGAGCCUGAGGAGGGGGCUGUUGGGGGCUCCUAGGCAGGGUGGCUUUGCUCUGCCUCCAAAGUUGGUGUAAUGAUAAUAAGUUGGAGGCAGCAAUGCUUCUGAAUACUACCGUAGUAGCUGGAAACAGGAAAGUUGCAUCUGGUUGGCCACUGUGAGGACAGAAUGCUGCAAGUCUAUAAUCUGGUGUAAAAAUUAAAAUCACAAUGCAUUAACCUAACUGGAGCAAAUCUUCUUAGCUGCCAGAGCAAAUUUGGCUGCCUGGUGUGUAAUUUUUAGGUAUUUAUCGGCUAAGAGGUCAACUAUCACUUCCUGGGAGGAUUAAUCCAAGAACCUGAUGAGGAGUUACCCAUUUUUCUCUGGGCACCAUAUUUAAAUGGCAAAUCAACUAUUAGUAGUAGUAUACCUGUAGAUCUCAGGGAAGGGAUCCAGGUGGCGCUGUGGGUUAAACCACAGAGUCUAGGGCUUGCUGAUCAGAAGGUCGGCGGUUCGAAUCCCUGCAACGGGGUGAGCUCCCGUUGCUCAGUCCCAGCUCCUGCCAACCUAG